UUUCUUGUAGUGUAUGAGAGUCACAAACAACAAAAUGGCUCUCAAUAAUCCUUUUAUAAGCUCCUUACUUCUAUUCUCAAUAGUGGUUGUAGCGUCGGCUAAUAAUGUCUACACUCCAUCAUCAUCAUAUAAUAGUCCAUCUUAUUCUCCAUCUCCUCAAUACAAAUCUCCAAAUUAUUCACCAUCUCCUGAAUACUCUCCUUCUUCAGAAUUUAAAUCACCAAACUAUACCCCAUCACAUGAAUACAAAUCUCCAACCUACUCACCAUCUCUUGAAUAUAAAUCAACUGAAUACUCAUCACCUUCAGUUUACAAGACCGUAGACAACUCAGUAUCUUCAGUGGAUGUGUCCCAAUACUAUUCUCCUUCUCCAGUAUAUGUAUCACCAGAAUAUUCACUAUCCCUCAAGGAUAAGUCACCAACAUACUCUCCAUCAUCAAAUUACAAUACUCAUGAGUACUCUUCAUCACCUAUGUACAAGCCACCAUACUAUUCUCCAUCUCCUGUGUACAAAUCACCAGAGUACUCACCAUCCUCUGAAUACAAGUCGCCAACAUACUCUCCAUCUUCAAGUUAUAAGACUCAUGACUACUCUCCAUCUCCUGUUUACAAAUUUCCAGACUAUUCUCCUUAUCCUGUGUACAAAUCACCUGACUACUCUCCAUCCGCUGAAUACAAUUCACCAACAUAUUCUCCAUCUUCUGACAAAACUCCUUACUAUUCACCAUCUCCUAUGAAAAAGUCACCAUACUAUUCACCAUCUCCAUUACACAAAUCACCAGAAUACUCACCAUCUUCCAAGUAUGAGUCACCAACAUAUACUCCCUCUUCUGAAUACAAGACACAAGAGUACUCACCAUCCUCUGAAUACAAGUCGCCAACAUACUCUCCAUCUUCAAAUUAUAAGACUCGUGACUACUCUCCAUCUUCUGUUUACAAAUCUCAAAACUAUUCUCCUUCUCCUGUGUAUAAAUCACCUGACUACUCUCCCUCCGCUGAAUACAAUUCACCAACAUAUUCUCCAUCUUCUGACAAAACUCCUUACUAUUCACCAUCUCCUAUGAAAAAGUCACCAUACUAUUUACCAUCUCCAUUACACAAAUCACCAGAAUACUCACCAUCUUCCAAGUAUGAGUCACCAACAUAUACUCCCUCUUCUGAAUACAAGACACUAGAGUACUCACCAUCCUCUGAAUACAAGUCGCCAACAUACUCUCCAUCUUCAAAUUAUAAGACUCCUGACUACUCUCCAUCUUCUGUUUACAAAUCUCCAAACUAUUCUCCUUCUCCUGUGUAUAAAUCACCUGACUACUCUCCCUCCGCUGAAUACAAUUCACCAACAUAUUCUCCAUCUUCUGACAAAACUUCUAACUACUCACCAUCUCCUAUGAAAAAGUCACCAUACUAUCCACCAUCUCCAUUACACAAAUCACCAGAAUACUCACCAUCUUCCAAGUAUGAGUCACCAACAUAUACUCCCUCUUCUGAAUACAAGACACCAGUUUACUCUCCAUCCCCUGUUUACAAGACACCUAUUUACUCUCCUUCUCAUGUAUACUCAAAACCUGUUUACUCUCCAUCUUCUGUAUACCCAACACCUGUUUACUCUCCAUCCCCCGUAUACAAGUCACCAUACUAUUCUCCAUCUUUUGGAUUCAAAUCACCAAAUUACUCUAUGUCACCAGUUUAUAAAACUCCAUACUAUCCUUCAUCUCCCAAUUAUAAGACCACAUCUUGCCCUCCAACUCCUGUCUAUGAGAUCCCUGAUUACGUAUACGCUCCAUCAUCAAAUUAUAACACGCCAUACAAGUCUCCAACACUAAUUUACAAAUCACCAUACUACUCUCCAUCACCCGUGUACAAAUCUCCUAACUACUCACCAUCUUCUGUGUACGCGACUUCAUACUAUUCCCCAUCCUCAGUUUAUAAACCUUCAUACUAUUCUUCAUCUCCGAUAUACAAUUCUCCAUACUACACUCCAUCAAGCUACAAGACUCCAUACUAUUCUCCAUCUCCUGUAUACAAAAGUCCAUACUACUCACCAUCCCUAAUUUACAAAUCUCCAUACUAUUCUCCAUCUCCUAUUUACAAGACUCAUUACAACUCCCCAUCCCCAGUUUAUAACACUCCGUAUUACUCUCCAUCACCAGUUUACCAGUCACCGUACUACUCCCCAUCAUUUAUUUACAAGUCCCCAUCCCCAUCCCCAUCCCCAUCUUAUGCAUCCCCUUACUAUUCUCUAUCACCUGCCUACAAUGAAAAAGUUUACACUCAAUCACCAACUUAUACACCCAUGACUUCUUACUACGAAAGGAAUGUUUACACUUCUUCACCAACAUAUUCACCAUCCCCUACUUACAAGUCUCCCUACUACCCGUCGUCCACCUCGUAUGAAGCUCCUUAUUACUCCCCAUCACCAAUUUACAAGAAACCUGUAUACACUCCAUCUACAACCUACACUCCAUCGUCAACUUAUGAAAAAAAGAAUGUGUAUACUUCUUCCCCAACAUAUUCACCAUCCCCUGUUUACAAGUCUCCCUAUUAUUCUCCAUUCCCUUCUUAUAUGUCACCUUACUACUCCCCAUCACCUGUAUACAAGAAAUCAAUUUACACUCCAUCGUCAGUUGUCUCACCAUCUUACGACCAAAAACCUGUGUACACCCCUUCACCAAUAUAUUCACCAUCUCCGGUUUACAAAUUUCCUUAUUACACCCCAUCAUCUUAUGAGUCGCCUUACUACUCUCCAUCUCCUAUUUACAAGAAAUCAUUAUACACUCCUUCACCAUCUUACAUUCCAUCUAACUAUGAAAAACCUUUGUACACCCCAUCAUCAACGUAUUCCCCAUCCCCAGUUUACAAAUCUCCUUAUCACACUCCAUCCCUUUCUUAUGAGUCGCCUUACUACUCCCCAUCUCCUAUCUACAAUAAAUCGUUAUACACUCCGUCACCAUCUUAUAUUCCAUCUAACUAUGAAAAAUCUGCCUAUACCCCAUCCCCAACAUAUUCACCAUCUCCUGUUUACAAGUUUCCGAAUUACUCUCCAUCCCCUUCCUAUGAAUCCACAUACUCUCCAUCACCUAUCUACAAAACGCCAGUUUACACCCAUUUACCAUAUUACAAUGAAAAGUCAGUCUACACACCAUCUCCAAGUUAUUCACCAUCUCCAAUUAACUAUUCCCCAACCUAUAGUCCAUCUACUGAGUACAAACCUUCUGUUGAAGCCAAGGUUACUUCCCGCCACUAAUUUAAGCAUGAGAUAAUUAUUUUUCCUUAUUUGUUUAUUGUUUUUUAUAUUUCCUGAAUGUAAGCUAUGGUGAAUCCAACAAAUUUAGAUUGG